AUGGCUGCAGCAUUCCGUUCAUCUAAACACAACGAAUGUUACGUGUUCGUGAAAGAAAAGUAUGUGGUUUGUAAUUAUGCUCCCGGAGAGAAAAAGAAAGAUAUUAUUCAGGGGCCCAUGCAUAUUACUCAUGGAUUUCCAAUGCUUGCUAGAACUGUAUUUGCAAAUGGAAUACACUGUGCCUUUCACUCCAAAGACCACGAGGCAUUCAUCUUCCACGGAAAUCAAUGUGCCAUACUCAAAUACGCUCCUCGUCCCGCAGACACGAGAUUACUAUUAGGUCCAAUUCCAAUCUCUGCCAUGUUUCCUUGUCUUAAGGGAACAGUUUUUGAAAAUGGAAUCAACGCUGCAAUUCAUCACUUGCAUGACCAAGUUAUUAUAUUCCAUGGAGAAAAGAUUGGCUAUCUAAACUAUACAACCAAGCAUCUUAGUUGGGUGAAAAAUCUGCUCUCCUAUUUUAAAUAUUGGGAUGGUACAGUUUUUGCAACUGGAAUUGUUAGUGCUUUUAAUUCUCACCAUAACUAUGAAGCUUAUAUUUUCAAAGGAAAACACUAUGCACGUAUCAAUUAUUGUCCAACCAAUAAACAUGGUGACCAUUUUGUUAACAAUUCAAUAAGCAGAAUUCAAAGUGAAUGGCCUGCUCUUCAUGGCAUAUUGGUCUAA